UGGCGGAGUGUACGGUGUACGGCGUGCGGUCCGGGCGGCGAGUGACAGAACGGGAAGAGUAGAAAAGGGCCUCGUCGCGUCGCCGGAGAUCACCGGUUGUCGCUCCGGGUCGACCUCUUCGGUUCGCCGUGUGAGUCUCGCUCUCGCGGCUCCUAUUAAAGACUGCGAAAGGAGUCCGUCUCGUUCCGUCCGCGGCUCUCGCUGCUAGCUCCUACCCUGUUCUACCAUUGCCUCCUCUCCUUCUCCCCGUGUCUCUCUUUCUGUCAUUCAUAUUUUUUCGUCCACUCCGUCGCUUUCCUCGCGUCAGCACGCUCGCCCGGAGACUCUCUCGUAUGCGGUGCUUAUCGCUCGCCGUUCACCCGGCUACACUCAGCCUUCGUCGCUUAAGUCGAUCCUGGUGCCAGAACCCUAGCCUGAAAAAGAGCCGGCCUACUAUAUUAGCCGGCGAGUGAGUGAGACGUUUUCGCCGCGGAUACACACGCGUGUUCGCACGAUGCGUCGGCGCGCGUACGUGUGCGUGUGUCACCGUGCCGGUGCAAGACGGCCUAUCUUCUUCCCCUUGUGUCACCGUUAUCGCCGGUGUCUCGUUCUAACCACCCUGCCGGUGACUAAUUGAGCUCAGCGACGGAGACCGAUCUUCGCAUGGCUGUCGCAUCGCGCAUCGCGCGUCGUCAAGGAGGCACUUCGAAGCAGCGGCAACGGUAGCAAGGAGGUGCUUGCAGCAAUGUUCGAUAUUCGAAGAACAUGGGAGAUCUGAACUAAAUUGCAGGUGAACAAUUCUAAAUUUCUCUCAGGAUAAUGCGCCAACUGACAAUUCAUGAUUUUAUCGCACUGACCGGAGUGCGUAAUUUCUCAUGCGACGGGGAAAGGACACCGAAGGAGGCGCAUAAUGUGACGAUCGUCUUGAAAUAAUUCGGCGUAUAAGAACAAAAAACUCCAUUGCAUUAUUUAUCCUUCUACAAGCGAAACGAUAGUGUCCCCUGAUGCCGGAAAAGAGGCGAUUUUUGCCAAACGCGCCUGAGUCCUAAAAGGGCAGGGUAGAAUAUUGUCGUUCAUUCGCGUAGACUCGCGUAAGAAUUUCUUGGCUGGAGAAUAUGGAGGAUAUAAAAGUGCCGAACCUAGAGCAGGCCGCGUCGGCCGCGUGUUCUUUGGCGACCAAUUUCCUAGCGCCGGUGAAGACCGAGCGCCAGAUCUACGAAAAUUCGAUGCUCGAGGACGAUCCCAAUGCCAACUCGGUGGUGCCGACCUCGCAGGAGGACAGGACUGUGCCCAGAUGGGGCCCGAAUCACAAAGGCGCCCAGGAACUCGCGAAUCUGUAUAGCACUGGGAAAAGAACACAAGAAGGCAUCUGCGUGGGGAUCUGUAUCACUCUUAUAGCCGUGAACUCUCUGUUCGUGCUCAUCAGGUUACGACUGGAAAACUUAAGUUCCAUAGCAAUAGCUGCACUGUGCGGUAUCAUCACGGCCGACUUUGGCUCUGGUCUGGUUCAUUGGGCCGCGGAUACCUGGGGAUCCGUUGAACUCCCGAUUCUGGGGAAGAAUUUUCUACGACCAUUUCGCGAGCAUCACAUAGAUCCUACCAGUAUAACGAGACACGAUUUUAUAGAGACUAACGGUGAUAAUUUUAUGGUCGCGAUACCAGUCCUGUCCAAGCUCACAUGGGACUUUCUAACGUUGCCCGAAGUGGAAAUGCAACAGAAGUUCGUGUGGACGUGCUAUUGGUUCCUGCUUGCUAUUUUUGUAGCAAUGACUAAUCAAAUACACAAGUGGUCGCAUACGUAUUUCGGUCUACCUGCUUGGGUUGUAUGGCUUCAAGAGCACAGGAUUAUUCUGCCAAGAAAGCAUCAUCGCGUGCACCACGUCGCGCCCCACGAGACUUACUUUUGCAUCACCACGGGAUGGCUGAACUGGCCUUUAGAAAAACUUCACUUUUGGUGCAUCUUAGAAGUGAUAAUCGAGUGGUCCACCGGUUGUAAACCCAGAGCCGACGAUCUGAAAUGGGCGCAAAAACGUUCUUGAGAAUUAAUAAUCGUCCUUUCGCUACUGUACAUUUUACUAUACGAUCGAGAUAUUUAACGUACGGCCAAACGUCGGAAACACAACAAACCACAAACAUCGAACUGCGAAAUAGAGAUUAAGUGGAAGAUUUGUAUGGGCAAUAGUAAAAAAAAAGCUUGUAUACAUGAAAUCUUCAAUUGUUCGAAGAGGUUUCGAACUAUCGAGUAUAUUACAUAUUAAUACUUCUUUUUUUCAUACUACGAGGCCUUUUGCGAAGACAGAUAAAGUAUGUAAGGAUAAAAUAGCAUUACUCGAUAUGCUUUUAAAGUUUACACGUUUUUAAUACGUACGCGCAAUAAUACGUGUAUAUAAAUAUAUGUAUGACAAAUAAGGAAUAAGCAUAAAUUUCAGAAUCACGCUUACGAAAUUGCAAUCUGACAACUCUGUCAACUCCACUAUGUCGAUAACUUCUUUAUGUAUCGCACAAUCAUCAGCGUAUCGUAUUGCACAAACCUAUAAAACUUUAUUUUAACACGAUAUACAGAGUAAUUCAAGAGGCAACCGUGAUAUUAGAGAUACGAGGCGUAGAUAAUAAUAAGCUAAAAUACCUCAUAUUUUUUUAAAACAUAUGAUUGCAUUUUUCUAAUAUGUGGUCAAACAAAUAGAAGUGAACAUUAUAAAAAUUACAUAAUAACGCAUGAUAGAUAUUCACAUAUAUAUUUGUGUAUAUGUGAUUUCUGCGUAUAUGCACGUAUAUUAUAUAUAUAUAAUGCGAUUAGUAGUUAUAUAAACAUAGGUAUUUGGCAAUUAUUGAUUUAUUUAUCAAUAUAUUUCGUAUGCAAAACCGUCUACGAAGUACAUACGUUGUUUAUUAUGUUAAUGUUUAAACGCUAUCAACAAAAUCUAUUUUCUUUUUGUUUGUUAGAAUCCAACUGCAACGUUUAUCGAUAUAAGCGCUUCAAUAUUAUUUGUUACGUAAACAAAACUGAACUCCCUGAACCUAAUAUUUUGAAACAGUUAUGAUAUAUAAACGAUUGAGACAAAGCAGAGCAAAAAUAUAACAAAAUGCACAUGAAUAAGAAAUGAAGAUUUCUAAAUAAGUACGUGUUAUUAAACUUUGUUACACGAUGCGUAUAUUCCUUUACACACUGAUUACACUUCUUAGCUCGCAAUAUGUUAUCAGAGGAGAAAAAUCUCGAGGCGCUAAGCAUAAGUACAAGUCGUAGGUUCAGGGACCAAAGACAAGACUUUUUUUUAUCGCUCUAUCUUUUAACGAUUUUCUGAAUGCUUGAUCUAAUUUAAUUAAAGUAUACAGAUGCGUCCAAAUUGUUUGACAAAAUAUUUUUGCUUAUCUACAAACGCUUCUUCGUUCGACAUCGAAGAAUUCAACUGCAUCGCCGCGGAUACGUUCAGCAUAUUUUAUGUAGAACUUUACCGUGAUCUAUGUUCCUCACAAAUCCUGCAAAUCAGUAAUAAUGCCCUCUGAACGAAAUAAUAUUUAUAAGAAAUCGCAGUUACCGUAAUUACUGUACUCAUUGUUAUUGUUGUUGUUAUUGUUAUAAGAGACAGAGUGUAAAGUUUAAAUGAACUUCAUCAGAUAAGAAACCAGUCAGGUUUGAAACUUCCUCAUUCUCAUUUACGAUGCGUGGAUUAUUUUAAUAUCGUCGCGAAUGAUUUACUCUUGCUGUGAAACAUUAGAUCCAAAGAGAUAAAUAUAUUUAUUUAUUUAAUAAUUACACAUAAAUCACACAAGUACGAGGUGUAACACAGA